AGAGGCUAUGAGAACUGGACAUGGAGCUGAUUCCCCCCCCCUCCCCGAAUCCGAAAAAUAACGAGCAACUUCUGGUAUAAUAAAUAUCUGUUUCCAUCGCAUUAUUCGUGCUUUCCCGAAUACGGUAUUCGGAUUCGGAUACAACCCUAAUCUGCGCACAGCAGGAGAGGAACAGUGCUGUGGACUCUACGGCCUUGUAAAAGAUUUUACACCCAGAACAGCUGAAAUAAACCCACUCUAAAAGAGAGAAAGAGAGAAGGAGAAAUGGAUACAGGUGAAUCGUCAACACGUCAUGUUGGGGAGACAAGGCCUCUCUCAGAGCUGAGGACUGUGCUGCUGGGAGCAGAAGAGAGUGGGAAGAGUUCUGCAGCAAACACCAUCCUGGGCAAACUGGAGUUUACACCUGGAGUAAAAACUGUUCUAACGUGCAAGAAGGUGCAGGCUAAUGUAUCUGAGAGGCAGGUCACUGUGGUGGACACUCCUGGCUGGGUCGGUUAUUUUCCUGCUGAAUAUUCCCCAGAACUGCUGAAAGACCAGAUUGCCUUCAGUGUGUCUCUGUGCCCCCCUGGGCCCCAUGCUGUCCUGCUGGUCAUUAAUUUGGGCUCAUCAUUUCAAGAGGAACACAGGAGAGCAGUGCAGGAACACCUGGAGCUUCUCAGUGACACAGUGUGGAGACACACGAUACUGCUGUUAACCUGUGGGGACACUUUAAGGGAAAUGACCAUCGAGCAGCACAUAGAGAGAGAAGGGCAGGCCCUCCAGUGGGUCAUAGAGAAAUGUGGGAACAGGUACCAUGUUCUCAGCAGUAAGAACAGCAGUGAGGUCUCUCAGGUCUCAGAACUGCUGGAGAUGAUAGAGAAGAUGGUGGCGGAUAAUGGUGGCUACCAUUUUCACAUUGAGAAUAAAGUUCUACAGGACAUGAAGGAGAAGAGGAGGAUUACAGAAGAAAGAGCCAAUCAGAGAGUAAGGCACGUGCUGGAGCACAGAGAGAUACUUCGAGACCUUCUUAAAGGGGGAACAAGCCGCCCCUCCGAGCUGAGGGUGGUGUUACUGGGGUGGGUGGCUGGGGGCAAGAGCUCGACAGGAAAUACCAUCCUGGGCAGAGAGGAGUUUAGAGUUUGUAGAAGAACUGCACAGGGUGAGAAGAAGCAAGGUGAAGUCGCUGGGAGGCAGGUCACCGUGGUCGACACACCUGGCUGGUGGAAGUUUAUGCCAGCUAAGCUCACACCCGAUUGGAUAAAAGAGGAAGUGCUAAAGAGUUUGACAUUGUGUCACCCUGGACCCCAUGUGAUUCUUCUGGUCAUUCCUGCAGACACCUCAUUUAAAGAAGAACAAUUGAAGAUAGUUCUAGACAACAUGAAGCACCUUGGAGAGAGAGUGUGGGGACACACUCUAGUGCUGUUCACCUGGGGAGAAUACCUAGGAAACAUCUCCAUCGAGCAGCACAUAGAGAGAGAAGGACACGCCCUCCAGUGGCUCAUUGAGAAAUGUGGGAACAGGUACCAUGUUCUCUGCAAUAUGAAAAAGGAGGAUCACACCCAAGUCACAGAGCUGCUGGAGAAGAUUGAGGAGAUGGUAGCAGGUAAAAGUGUCUUUUAUCCCCUGACUGAGACACAAGGUGAGGUGGUAGAGAAGAUAGAGGAGAUGGACAGAGAGACCAAGGGGGCUGAUCACAGCACAGAGAAGCAGAAAGUAACAGAACUGAUGCAAAUUAUUGAUGAACUCUGGAUGAAGAGAGAAGAGCAGCUGUUGGAGAAAAUGGGUUUGGAUAGGAGAAGAGACAAUGUGAGAGAGACUCAACAGCACGAUAGAAGGAGCAAUGUGGUUGAAAAGAAACGGCGCAGAGAAGCGUAUUCUGUGAUGCAGGAGCAAAUUACCCCAUCAAAGAGAAGACGCUGCAUGGUGACUGAAGAGAGAGAGGCCGGGUGGAGCUCUGCAGGGGUGGAACUGAACGCUCAGGAGGACACAGAGGGGGAGGCACAAACAGCACCCUGGACAACAGAUCAGAGUCUUGCUUUUCUUCAUAAUGAAAUUAAACUGAUCUUUGAAAAGGAAUGGGGCAGGAAACAAGGCAUGAUCAACGACAAGGUCAGGACAGAGGUUAAGACCUACAUCACCCCUCCUGCUAAAGGAAACAGUAUGGAGCAUCCCCUCACUAACUUAAGGGGAGCCACAUCCUCUGAGCCAGAUACCACCGAUGUUGCUACGUCUUGUGUCAAGGUGCAUGACUGGAUGAAGGAAAACCAUUCUGGGAAUUCUGCGGCCGUAUUUGGACACAAAUGUUCUGAAAUGGAUUCUAACAGACCUGCUAUUCUAUACUGAGCACCCAGAGGCCUGGCAUUCUGCUCUUCAUGAAGACUACAGGCAAAUGAAAAUGAGUGGCAACAAAUCAAUUCGUCAGCUAUAUAUGGACACUGUACCUAAAUUUAACAUAAAUUUCUAUAAUACGGGCACUGUAAUGGUUCA